CCGGUCUGCCCCGUCCGCCUCUCCCUCUCUGUCUCUCUCCCCCACUCGCCCUUCCCCCCCUCCCCACCUCUCUCCUCUCCUGUGGGCGCUCGCUCUCCCCCGCCCCCAAAUCGCCGCGCCGCGCCUCGCCUCACAGCACCGGUUGCGUGGGAGGAGGGAGGAAGGAAGGAAGGAGGGGAGGGGAGGGGAGGGGAGGCGGCCGUCGGGCGAGAUGAGCGACUCCUUCUGCCCCGACUGCAAGAAGCAGACGGAGGUGGCGUUCGACCACUCGGCGGGGGACACGGUGUGCACCGAGUGCGGCCUCGUCCUCGAGGCGCACUCCGUCGACGAGACCUCCGAGUGGCGCACCUUCGCCAACGAGUCCAACGACAACGACCCCGUCCGUGUCGGCGGCCCCACCAACCCGCUCCUCACCGAUGGCGGCCUCUCCACCGUCAUCGCCAAGCCCAACGGCGCGCAGGGCGAGUUCCUCUCCUCCUCCCUCGGCAGGUGGCAGAACCGCGGCUCCAACCCCGACCGAUCCCUCAUCCUCGCCUUCCGCACCAUCGCCAACAUGGCUGACAGGCUAGGUCUUGUGGCUACUAUCAAGGACCGAGCAAAUGAAAUCUACAAGAAAGUUGAAGAUCUCAAGUCUAUCAGGGGAAGAAAUCAAGAUGCCAUAUUAGCUGCAUGUCUAUAUAUUGCUUGUAGACAAGAAGAUCGGCCUAGAACUGUGAAAGAAAUAUGUUCAGUUGCUAAUGGGGCCACAAAGAAAGAAAUUGGCAGAGCAAAAGAAUUUAUAGUGAAACAACUGGAAGUUGAGAUGGGGCAAUCUAUGGAGAUGGGAACAAUUCAUGCUGGAGAUUUUCUGAGGCGUUUCUGCUCAACUCUUGGGAUGAACAAUCAAGCUGUUAAGGCAGCCCAGGAGGCAGUUCAGCGCUCAGAGGAGCUUGAUAUAAGGAGGAGCCCAAUCUCAAUUGCAGCAGCUGUCAUUUAUAUGAUAACCCAACUCUCAGAGGACAAGAAGCCACUUAAAGAUAUAUCCUUGGCUACUGGUGUGGCAGAAGGCACCAUCAGAAAUUCGUACAAGGAUCUAUAUCCCUAUGCCGCAAGGCUCAUCCCAAAUACCUACGCCAAGGAAGAAGACCUGAAGAAUCUCUGCACACCUUAGGAAGCUUAUUUUUCCCCCUUUUGUUGCAUAAAUCGGAAUUAGAUUUGUCAAAGAGGAGUGAGUGAAGUUGUUCCUGGUUGUGACUGUGCCGGGCAAUGUGUCGUCGCUGCCGUGCUUAACUUUAUGUGGAUGGACCAAUGAGAACAGAAGUUGUCCUCAUCAGAUCGAAUUUCUUUUCAGAGCACCUACCACCUGAAGAUUUGUGGGAUAGCCAAGGUGUCGUUUUCGUAUACUCCCUUGGGAAAGAAUGUAGAUAGCAAGCAGUUCUUGGACAAGCACAAGAUUUUACUUUAAAAACAGGAUUUUGUCAUCUUCUGAAGAAACCAUCAUUUAUCCA